GCCAAACACCCUCCGAAGCUAGUGCUCGCCCGGAGAUAUCUGACGAACAAAGGGAAUUUAUCCGUCGGAUACUUGGCAUAUCGCUUGAGCAACGGAAGUGUAGGGACUUGAUCACCCUAGACACCCUCCAUUUGUAUUGUGGGGGUCCAGAGCCGACGGUUGAAGCUCGGAAGUUGGAAGAAUUUUCUCGUAAACAGAUGGAAGCUGCGAAGCAAAGGGUGAGGGCCGCUGCUGCCCGUAAGAAGGAGGAGGAGAAAGCUAAGGGAAAAGAAGGAGCGUCAACCCCUCAUUCCUCUUUGAAGAGUUCAGUUAAGAGGAAGGCUGACGGAAAGGACGAUCCUCCUUCUAAGAAGGUAGCUGUCAGUGCAGGGGAUGUGCCUUCCACGAAGUCGCCUCCCAAGUCUGGUCACGGUGCUGGGAAAGGAGUGAUGACCUCUUCUGGUCCCGUCAUUGAGGGACCCCGUUGCUUGCUGACCCACAAGGAUUAUGCUGUUGAGGGGGUAGAAUCCCUCAUAAAACAGACGGAUCUUGACCCUUGUGCUCAGCUAGGGACGGAAGACCUGGGGGCGUCAGCUUUCUUUGACAUAGCACGGGCCUUGGUUCGUGUAAAAGCACUUCAAGACCGGUGCGUGGCCAAAGAAGGCGUCGUUUCUCGGGUUAGGAGGCAUAACGCCAAUCUGAUGGAUCAGCAAGCGCAAUAUAAGGAGACCGUCCGUCUCUUAAACUCAGAGCUGAAGGAUGUAAAGGAGAAGUUGGGAGAGGCUGAGGGUCAGCAGAAGAAGCUUGAGGAGGAGGUUUCAUCCUUACGUGCACAAGUAGAGACGGCUGGGACUGAUGCGGUCCAAAAAUUCAAGACAACCCAGUCAUUUAUUGACUCCUGCGCUGAUUAUUACGGCACAGGUUUCGACGAUUGUCUGAGGCAGGUAGCGUCAGCUUAUCCAGAGUUGGAUCUAUCCGGAAUUACCAUGGACGCCUCCGUGCCGAUGACUCCUGCUCGUGAAACUGUUGCUGACAAAGGUGACGGACCUAUUAGUUUGGACUCUUUGCUUAAUGAUGCCGGAGUUAUUUUGGCUCAGCCAGCCGUCACUAUUCCUGCCGAGUCUUCAGAUGCGGCACAAAUUGCCAAGGAUAAAGCUGACGGGGUCUCCAAGGAUGUUCCUGCCAUUUAA